CUGGUCCCCAGCAGUCUGGGGUACUGAGGGACAGUGGUGAACAUAAUGGAGUUCAAGGAAGCCAGGGUGCAGCUUCUGCAGGGGUGUCGGGACAAUGACCUCGUCUCCCUGGCCCUGCAGCUGCUCUCCCUGGUUCUCUUUGCUGGGCUCCUGGUGGCCAUCCUUGCCCAAGUGUCCAAGGUCCCCAGCAGUGAGGAUCAGGAGAAGGAGAAGUCAAAUCAGGAGAAAAUCUACCAGGAACUUACCCAGAUGAAGACUGAAUUUGAUCGCCUGUGCCGCCCCUGCCCCUGGGACUGGAUCUCUUUCCAAGGGAAGUGCUACUUCUUCUCCAAGUCCCAGCAGGGCUGGCAUGAGGCCAUCACCGCCUGCAAGGAGGUGGGCGCUCAACUGGUCAUCGUGGAAAAUGACGAAGAGCAGAGCUUCCUGCAGCAGACUUCUAAGAGUAAAGGCUAUGCCUGGAUGGGACUCUCAGACCUGAACCAGGAGUCUGCGUGGCGCUGGGUGGAUGGCUCACCUCUGGCCCUCAGCCUCAUGCAGUACUGGAACAAAGGGCAGCCCAACAACUAUGAAGAACAGGACUGUGUGGAAUUUAGAGGUGAUGGCUGGAAUGACGCCAAGUGUGAUCUCAAGAAAUUCUGGAUCUGCAAGAAGCCUGCCACUCCAUGCUCCAAGUGAGGACCAGCUCCCCUCUGCAGCCCAUGUUGCCUGGCAGCCUUCGGGGUAGCAGAGCUAUGCCACGUUGAUUCCAGUUCUUUCUCCCACUCUGUGGACGCGGAGGUUCAAACAAUGACUCCAGGACUGUGCUCUGUCCCACACCCCAUCCCCAGUGAGCCUGGGCCACUGCAGCCCUCUCUGGUGUCUCCAGGGUCACCCUGGCUUAGUGACUGUGGUUCUGAUUCAUCUAGUUCAAUGCAGUGAGGAGUUGUGAGGUGCAUCCAGAGGCUGGUGUGCUUUGCGAAUUGGCUCUGUCUUCCUCACCAGGUGUGCAUUGCCAAGAGCAACCGCUGGCAUA